CAGAGCAGCUGUCUGGCCUGCCCUGCUACCUUCUUCCCCUCCUCUCUCGACAGUCCGGUCGCCCCCAACACCAAACCUAGCGGCGGCGCGUCCGGAGCGCAGCGGCCAACGCCCGGCCAGCCGGGCGUCCCUAAAUCUUGGGUGGGGUCAAGCUGCGGAGCGGUGAUCAGCUUGUAGGAUGGCAUAUCCGGAGAUGCUAUGAGGCUUCAAAGUUGAUGUCGAGGCGCCUACAAGGGGGGACGCUGCGGGAGUGCGGCGGGGGUGCCUUCCGCCUCCUCUUUUUGCCUUUUUACUAUCGAGAUUUUGCUGUAGUAGGCCCUAUCAUGUCUAAUUAUAGUACAGUUUCUUUGUCUGGUACUCUGAUUUAUAUAUAUACCUGCAUGCAAAAUUGCAAGUCCUGGAUUGUACAAUGUUCUUUUAUUUCUAGCCUUUCUUUGUUCAGAGUAUCCUGUACAUUUGGAUGCUGUAGUCAAUUUUUUUAACAAAAAUAUGUAGAUAAUUUGUCUGUACAAUGUUCUUUGAUUUCUAGCCUUUCUUUGUUCAGAGCAUCCUGUACAUUUGGUUGCUGUAGUCAUAUUUUGUUUACACAAAUAUGAACAUACGAAUGUCCAAUUAUUACAAAUUCUUCUACAACUGGUUUGUUGAUUCAGCACCUUUGAAUGACUAAGGUGCAGUACAGUUUGCUCAGGGUUCCUCACGCUCCGCCUCCCGGAUGAUUGUGUGUUUUCCCUUUUGUCACUAAUGUAGAUUAUUCCUUGAUUUAUCUCUUGGUGGUAAUUGUGUAUAAACAUGUUCAUUGGUACAUCUGGUGGUUAGGUGGUGUAGUUGUUACCAGUAGCUUCUUGCAACUUUGAGUUCCUAGCAUGUCUAAUACUAGUACGAUUGCAAGUGAUCUGGUUUUCCAUCGAUCGCUAUUGUUUAUAACAAUAUCCCCUGAUUGCUCUCCGAGCCUUUGUUGUUUAGAUUAUCCUGCACAUAUGGCUGCCUAGGACUAUUUUAUCCUAUUUUUUUGGAUACCAAUGUUUUUUUGGACACCAAUAUGAACAUAAAUGGCGAAUGUUCCCAUUAUUACAAAUUCUUCUACAAGUGGUUAGAUGCUUUAGCACAUGUUCAGUGAUUCAUGUGCAGGGCAGAUUGUCCAGGUUCCUCACAUUCCAUUCCGGGAGGAUUGGAGAUUAAGAGGCUGAUAAAAUCCAUUUACAGAGAGCAUAUAAACAAGCACCACACAUUCAUCUUAUGUAAGCACGAGAAGAAUGGAGCUGUGAGAUUAGACAAACUUUUUGUUGGUUUUCGGGGCAUCUACUUUAUGAAACCAUAUGGAAUCGUGCCCAAGAACCAUUACCAUGGAUUUUCCCGCCCCACACAGGAUGCACUUGAUAUUAUCAGAGGUUUGGUACAUCUGAUGGAUCAAGUACUACAUGAUGGGUUUUGCUUCAAUGGCAAGCUGACUCUAAAGAAUCUUUACUGGCUUUCACAAACUAAAACAGUGAAGAUAUCUGGCCUAGUAAUUGGUGAUAUGGUAAAGAAGACCGAGCCAGGGAUUCAGUCUGACUUUGUAUGGAUUCAUGAUAUGAUUAGGGACUAUGUCUUUGCUGGAUCGAAAGUCCCUAGAGAGCUUAAGCACUUGAUGCGCUAUAUGACAUCUGAUCCAGUCAAAUAUGCAAAUUUGAUAAGGAACAACAUCUGCUUUCUCGAUGAUGAAUCUAAGGUAGGGAAGUUCAUCAUUCUUUACCAGAAACUCUCAACUAUCAGGAAACUGGAUUACAAUAUUUACCUCAAAGCUUUGAGUUAUGUUAAGUGUGGUUCGCGCGAUUGGCAAAAAGAGGUGAAGCGGAAUACUGUUCUGUUGAAGAUCUUCUACCAUCAGAAGUGUGGGUACUACACUGCUGAUGAAGCUGGUGUCACUUUACUCGGACGUCACUGCUGUCAUCACUGCACAGAUGACUGUGUUGCAUGUCGGAAUAGAGUGCUGAUAAUUGAAUACAGCAAUGCUGAUAUCUUCCCUAUGCUGGAGUGCCAUGUCCCCGGCUUGUUUGCUGAAGUUCAGGAAGCCUUAUUUGAAGUUAUUGAGAUACACCACCCCCGUGAGCUUCAAAUGCUAAGGAACAAAAUCACUGGAGGUGGUUAGUUUGACUAGUCCUGGCGAAAAUGUUCAUUUGAAGCAUAUGGAAAAAGUUCUGUGCGCUUCUUUUUACCUCUGGAAAAUUUUGUAUAUGUUAUGCCUGCCAAGUCAUGUAUAUUAGUAUUUCUUAUUUCAUCCAUUUUGGUUUGAAUGAAAAUAAACUGUAUACUGCUAGUUUUCCCC